UUUUAUUUUUAAUCUUAAAUUCUUUUUCGGUUGAACGCAUUUAAGUUGAUAGUGAUGUGAAUGUGUCCACUAAGUUUAAUAAUUUAUCAAAAGGCAUAUUGUCAAUCGUGUCAGUCAUUAAAUAAUUGAUUGUUUAAUCAAAAUUCCGGAAGAUUUGCGCUGAAGUAGAGUGAUAUUGUUUGUAAUUUUGCCUCUUAUCUUCCAAAAGUCUGAUUUGAAUUCCAAAUACAUACAAAAAGAAACAAAAAUGACAAAUAUAUGUCUACCUCAACGAAUAAAUCUUGCCAUUAUGGCAUUUUUUGGAUUCACUUGCGAAUAUAUGAUGCGAAAUUUGCUUAGCAUUGCUAUAACACAAAUUGUUCAGAAACAAUAUGAUACAUCACAAUCAAUAAUGGGAGAGGUGUGUCCUGCAGAUAAUGAAACAUUGUCUAACGAUAUUGAUAAUGAAUUAGGUGGAAGAGGAACUUAUGAUUGGAGCGAAGCAGUUCAAGGAGUUAUUUUAUCAUCAUUUUAUUGGGGAUAUAUCAUCACUCAUAUUCCUGGUGGAAUUCUGGUCGAAAAAUUAGGAGGAAAAAUUACGUUCUUAUUUGGAAUAGCGGCAACAAGUAUUUUAACCUUUUUGACACCUGCAUCAAUUACUUAUGGUGGUUCAACAUUUUUGAUUAUCAACCGUGUCAUCAUGGGGUUGAGUCAGGGAUUUAUAUAUGCCGCUGUUUUUGGUUUAUUGGCAGCUUGGAUUCCGUUAAGAGAAAGAACAACACUUGGAGUAUUUGUUCUUAGUGGAAUGCAGCUUGGAUCUAUUUUAUCAACAUAUUUGUCAGGAGUAUUGUUAAAGCACAUUGAUUCCUGGGCUUGGUCAUUCUACAUUUACAGUAUCAUCGGAUUAAUCUGGUGUGUUGCAUUUAUGUUCUUUUGCUCAAAAGAUCCUGAAUCGAAUAAAUUUAUUACGGAAGAGGAGAAAAAUUAUUUACGUAAAGAAAUCGGGAUUCUUGAACGUGACACAAAUUUACCACCAACUCCUUUUAAAGCAAUUAUUACUAGUCUUCCAGUUUGGGCGGUAAUCAUCAGCCAAACUGGAAUGGAUUUUUCCUUCUAUGUGAUGACUACUGAUUUGCCUAAAUAUUUCUCUGAUGUCAUGAGACUUGAUGUAGAGAAAAAUGGUUUGUACAGUUCACUUCCACAAGUUUUGAAUUUCUUCACCGCAAUGGGUUUUGGACUUGUAAGUGAUUACUGUAUAAAUAAAAAGCUUUUAAGUGUUCGGAACACAAGAAGAUUCUUUACCACAACGGGAACUUUUGGUCUUGCCAUUUGCUUCAUAAUGGCUUCAUACUCUGGAUGUGAUAGACUUCAAGCUAUGAUUUUCUUCUCAUUAGCUUCCGGCUUUGCUGGAUUAGAUAAUAGUAGAAUUAACAGUAUGGAUCUCAGUCCAAAUUACACACCUACAAUAACUGCAAUUGUCAACACUUGUGGCAGCAUAAUGGGAAUUUUAGCACCAAUGGCAGUUGGUUUGUUGACACCAAAUAGCACGAUUUUAGAAUGGAGAGUUGUCUUCUGGCUAGCCUUUGGAAUUCUCAUAUCAACCGGUAUAUUUUACUUCAUUUCUGCUGAUGGAAAAGUUCAGCCAUGGAAUGAUCCAAACACAAGACGUAAUUACACGAAUGGUGUUGAAAACGGUUAUGCACAAAAGUCGGAUAGCUCAAAUCAUGAGCUCAAAGAUAAUUUUAUUAAAAACUUUUAGUAAAAUGCAAUAUAAUAAUGAAACUGUUCUUCAAAGCUGCGUAGUUUUAUAUAAAAAUAAUAUUUUUCUACUCUACUUGUAUAUAGAAAAUUC